AUGGCUCUUAAUCCACAAUUGUAUCAAAACGGGAUGCCCGUUGCUUUCGAGAACGAGUUGUUUGUGUUGGCCAGAGACGGCGUCGAAUUCGAGAUCGACAAAAUCCCCGGAUGUGGAAAAGUCAAAGCUAAAGGAACAAUCUACUUGUCAAAUAUACGCAUGGUCUUUGUUGCAGCUAAGCCCGUUGGAAACUUUUAUGCUUUUGAUAUGCCUCUGCUUUUUGUCAAUGGAGAAGAAUUCAACCAGCCUAUAUUUCUCUGCAACAAUAUUUCUGGUCUUGUGGAGCCUGUAGUUCCGGAGAAUGAGAAUAGGGCACUCUACUCCACACACUCAUUCAAAAUUUUGUUUAAGGAAGGGGGCUGUGGAACCUUUGUUCCGCUUUUUUUCAACUUGAUUUCUUCGGUGAGACAAUACAAUCAACAAAUGAACUCUGCCCCAGGGCCUCGUAUAGAUCCUCUGCAAGCAGCGCACACUCCAGUUGAUGAAAUGAUGAGACAUGCAUAUGUUGAUCCUAAUGAUCCAACGAGAAUCUUUUUGCAACAGCCCACUCCACAGUCUGAGCUGAGGCGCCGCACAUAUCAUCCAUCCUCAGCUGAACCCACAGCGUGA